CACUUGGUGAUAUUGCCCAGGCUGCCUGCGACAAGCGACGAGACCUUCGUGUCAAUACUUUGCUUCUGAACUGAACGUAGGAAGCUCAAACAUAAAGAUGCAGCGCCUCGAGGUGCUUGCCCGGCAGCUGACUGCCGGCGCAGCAGUGGAGGACCGCACGCCGCUGCUCGCAACCAAGAACGACUAUGACACCAUGUACAAGCGCAGUAUUCAGGACCCCGAGGGCUUCUGGGGCGAAAUGGCGCUUGGCUACCACUGGGACCGCAAGUUUCCCGCGCGCGGCCACAUGGCUGCCAACACGGACAUACGGCGCGGCCCCGUGUCCAUCCAGUUCUUCGCGGGCGGCACCACCAACAUGUCGUACAACUGCCUAGACCGCUGGGUGGCGGCGGGGCGCGGCGAGCAGGCGGCACUCAUCUGGGAGGGCAACGACGAGAACGAGCGCCGCACCGUCAGUUACCGGGAGCUGCUGGCCGAGGUCAACAGGCUGUCCAACUGGCUCAAGUCGCGCGGCGUCAAGAAGGGCGAUGCCGUGACCAUCUACCUGCCCAUGGUCCCCGAGCUCCCCGCCGCCAUGCUGGCCUGCGCGCGUGUGGGCGCGGUGCACUCGGUGGUGUUUGCGGGCUUCAGCGCCGACAGCCUGGCGCAGCGCAUGGUGGACUGCAACGCCAAGGUGCUUCUGACCGCCACGGGCGUCAUGCGCGGUACCAAGCCCGUGCUGCUCAAGACCAUUGCGGACGACGCCGUCAAGCUGGCAGCCAAGGCCGGGCAGGAGACCAGCAGUGUGCUGUGCCUGGAGGUGGCCAACGCACUGGCUGCCGCCGACACGCCCUGGAACCCCGUGCGGGACGUGUGGUGGCACGCAGCCGUCCCCAUGCAGUCUGCGGAGUGCGAGCCCACCUGGCUGGACUCCGAGGACCGCUCCUUCCUGCUGUACACCAGCGGCAGCACCGGCAAGCCCAAGGGCGUGGUGCACUGCGUGGGCGGCUACAUGGUGGGCGUGGGCGUCAGCUGCCGCUACCUGUACGACAUGCGGCCCGGCGACGUGGUGUUCACCACCGCCGACUGCGGCUGGAUCACGGGCCACUCCUACCUGGCCUACGGCCCGCUGCUGUGCGGCUGCAGCUCCGUGAUCAUGGGCGGCAUACCCACACACCCCGACGGCGGCCGCGCCUGGCGCAUGGUGGAGCGGUACAAGGUGCGCCAGUUCUACACGGCCCCCACGCUGCUUCGCUCGCUGCUGCAGCUGGGCGACGCCUGGCCGCGGCAGUCGGACCUGAGUUCGCUGCGCGUGCUGGCGUCGGCGGGCGAGCCCAUGAACGAGCACGCCUGGCACUGGUUCCACGAGGUGGUUGGCAGCAGCCGCUGCCCGGUGGUGGACACGUGGUGGCAGACGGAGACGGGCAACGCCAUGCUCAUUCCGCUGCCCUGCAAAUGGUUCCAGGCCAAGGCCGGCAGCGCAGGUGUGCCCUUCUUCGGCGUAUGCCCCGUGGUGCUGGACCCGACCACCGGCAACGAGAUCUGCACCACGGAGGCGGAGGGCGUGCUGGCUCUGCGCGGCGUGUGGCCGGGCAUGAUGCGCACGCUGCACGGCGACCACGAGCGCUUUGAGAGCGCCUACUUCGCGCCCUACAAGGGGUACUACUUCACCGGCGACGGUUGCCGCCGCGACGCCGACGGCCACUACUGGAUCACCGGCCGCGUGGACGACGUGAUCAACGUGAGCGGGCACCGCAUCGGCACGGCCGAGGUGGAGAGCGCGCUGACGGAGCACCCCGACUGCGCCGAGGCGGCGGUCAUCGGCGUGGACCACGCGCUCAAGGGCCAGGCCAUCUACGCCUUCGUGACGCUGCGCGGCCACGUGCAGACCAGCGACGCCAUGCGCAAGUUGCUCAUGGACCACGUGCGCAAGAGCAUCGGUCCCUUCGCGGUGCCCGAGGUGAUCCAUUGGGCGCCGGGGCUGCCCAAGACCCGCAGUGGCAAGAUAAUGCGCCGCGUGCUGCGCAAGAUUGCGUCAGGCGAGGAGAAGGAGCUGGGAGACAUCUCCACACUCGCCGAGCCGGGCGUGGUGGACAUGCUUAUCAAGCUGCGCGGCAAGUAAAGCCGGCGGCGGCGGCUAUGGCGGCAGCAGCAACGGCAUGGCUGGCAGCGGUGGCUGUCGGAGUCAGCGGCGACCGUUGGCAGCUGGGCACCAAAGUAUCCUCACCGCACACGAACGCACACGCGCUCGGUGGCGGUGGCAUGGUGGUGGCCGCUGCUGCAAAGCGCCCGUAAGGGGUUGCAGGUGUGGCUCAGGCAAGGGCUGCGUGCCUGUCCUGGCAAAUGCCAGAGUACAUGGGAGCGAGCGAGAGCGCUCGGGUCUACAGAGUCGGUUUGGCACGGCUGACAGGUGAUAAAUUGUCACGUCGUUUGUGUACUUCGUGCCGUUUAUCGAGGGCGAUGUACUGUACUAGUAAGGGAUUUGCCAGCCCUGGUGAUUUGUGGAGGCGCCGGAUGUGGUGGUGGCAGUGGUGGUGAUGGCGGCUACGCCUGACGCCCGACUAGGCCCGUUUAGGCGGGUGGGUGCGUGGAUGUGGUGCGCCGUGGACGGCUGACGGAAUGCGGGGAGGCAGGUGGCCACCGGCUCCACCAGCUGCUGUCGUUGGUUGCAGUAGCACUGACUGGCUAACUGUGUUUGGAAUCGGGGCAUGUGCCAUGCGCUUUCGUUUGUUUUGGCUGUCCACACUAUGCGAGCAAUGUUAAUUUCCUCGAGUAGCAACCCGUUGUGGCUGCGCACAUGAUGCGAUUGUGAUUUAGUCGGGCUUGGCGCAAGGCCUCCCCCUCGAUGGGUGGAGCAGGCUUGCCCCCACAUAAAGGUGCUGGAGCACAAAGGGCUGAAGCAAAACCACCAAGUUCGAUGAUGAUGCGUUGCCUGUUGACGUCUGAUUAUGAGAACUACAACGGGUCGAAUGGAAUGGAAGGUGGCCGGUCGGUCGGCUGCUGCCUGUUGAGGGUGGGAGGAGUGGCGGCUCGGCUCCCGAUGUACGGUAUGCGGCGGGCCGCGGGCGCGAGGAGAUAGAAGAGAGGGCAUCGGCACGGUGUUCUGCCACGCUGGUGGCCAGGUGAUGAUGGAUGUUGCUGUUGGUUCACGGAUACCUGCACCGCUGCUACUUUGUUGGUGUGUGUGCGCGCGGGGAGUUUGCGCCUGGGGAUGUGCGGGACGCGGCACGUUGAGGUCGGUUGAAGGCCCGCCCGCACCGCCGCACGCUGCUGUCUCUCGGCGCAAACAUUUUUGGGGCUGCGCGCGUGAUUGGUGGAUUGGAAUGGAACGGGUACGGCAGGCCUGACACGGUGCUUGGCCGUGAUGGGGCCUGGCGGGUGCCAGCAAGUGCAGCUCUGCUGAGGGAGUUGGGGUAGAGGAAGUAACGAACACGUGUGGCGACUUGGCGGUGCCCGGGAGUCGCCGCGGCAUGUGUGGUACUGAUUUGAUACUACCAAUGGCUCGUGUGUGUGCGUAAAGGUAUACUGAUGGUUGAGGCAAGGGGCCGCCCAAGAGCCCGUUGCCACCGUUUGCUCGCCCUUUAGGUUCCCAUGAGUGGCUGUGUGAGCCGCGUGCAUGCCAAUGAAGGCAUGGAUAUCGCCCGGCGCAUGGGAAACGGCGAGGCUAGCACUUGUAAGUUGCUGAGCAG